AGGGACUUCCUUUGCACAUGCGCCAGGCUGCUUUUCCGGCUUUGUUGGAGAUUGACGCCGCAGUGCACACCUGCUGGUACGUGCAAAAGUAGCCGACAGGCCAGAGUUUCCAGUUUCGGUGGCUUCGUAGGCUUUUAGCUUCUGAAAUCCGCUAAAAGGGGCGGUUCAUUCCUCUUCAAGUACCUAGCCUGACUGGUAGGGCUGCUCAGCAUUCUGAAACAUUUCGACCUGGGGAGGGGGGCGGCGGUGACACGAAUACUUUCUGUAGAGAGUGCCCCUCGCGUCGCCCCUGCUUUGAAGGCUUUACAUAUUAACGGAAUGCCGAACAUCUGUGUCCCACUUGCUGACAGCGCACAGGAUCCUUCUAACAGUAUUUCUCAAGUGCUUAACAAAAAGAUGAAAACCUGAAGUCCAAGCCGUGCUGCUGAUUCCGUCUAUUUCACAGUUUGAAGACUGUCCAGAAACUUUAAGCUUUCAAAACUGUACAUUUUAAAAUCCAGUGCGUUUAUCUUCAUUUUGCUGGGCAGAAAGCCAAAGUACUGGACUGCCUGGUUCAGGGCUGAACGCCUAGUACACCUAACUUGGAGCUUCAGAGCCAUGGCAACCAAGGAGUCAGGAGACGCCAAAGCACAGUUGGCCCUCUCCUCAUCGGCCAGUCAGAGCAAGGAAGUGCCUGAAAACCCAAACUAUGCUCUCAAAUGUACUCUCGUGGGACACACGGAUGCAGUGUCAUCAGUUAAGUUUAGUCCUAAUGGAGAAUGGCUAGCAAGUUCUUCUGCUGAUAGGCUAAUCAUAAUUUGGGGAGCAUAUGAUGGAAAAUAUGAGAAAACACUCUAUGGUCAUAAUUUGGAAAUAUCGGAUGUUGCCUGGUCAUCAGAUUCCAGUCGUCUUGUUUCUGCCUCAGAUGAUAAAACUCUAAAAUUAUGGGAUGUGAGAUCUGGAAAAUGUUUGAAAACACUGAAGGGGCACAGUAAUUAUGUCUUUUGUUGUAACUUCAAUCCGCCAUCCAACCUUAUAAUCUCGGGAUCUUUUGAUGAGACUGUGAAAAUAUGGGAGGUGAAAACAGGAAAGUGUCUCAAGACUUUGUCUGCUCAUUCUGACCCAGUUUCUGCUGUUCAUUUUAAUUGUAGUGGGUCCUUGAUAGUGUCAGGUAGCUAUGAUGGCCUCUGUAGAAUCUGGGAUGCUGCAUCAGGUCAGUGUUUAAAAACGCUCGUUGAUGAUGAUAACCCUCCUGUCUCUUUUGUAAAAUUUUCUCCAAAUGGUAAAUACAUUCUCACUGCAACUUUGGACAACGCUCUUAAACUAUGGGAUUAUAGCAGAGGCAGAUGCCUGAAAACAUACACUGGUCAUAAGAAUGAGAAAUAUUGCAUAUUUGCCAAUUUUUCAGUUACUGGUGGAAAGUGGAUUGUGUCUGGUUCUGAGGAUAACCUGGUUUACAUUUGGAACCUUCAGACUAAAGAGAUUGUACAGAAAUUACAAGGCCAUACAGAUGUCGUGAUCUCAGCAGCUUGUCAUCCUACAGAAAACCUCAUCGCAUCAGCAGCAUUAGAAAAUGACAAAACAAUUAAACUGUGGAUGAGUAACCACUAAUCCCUUUGGAAAUCAAGUGGUAGAGCCAAGUUGGCCAAAAAACUUAGAUAUUUAAAAAGAUGGUUUAAUUUUG